UGUAUAGUGUAGUAUUACUUUUUAUUCAUACUGCAAGUGGUCAAAUAUUUUUCGGGGCAGCAUUGUCGCUAUCUUCCCUCAAAUGUUGUAGUUUGCUUCCCUGGAUAGCAAUGCGAGCUAGCAGGCUGAUGAAGUUAGCCCAUUGAAUCCCGCCAGCUUGGAGUACAGAUCAAACAGACGCCGAUCAGAGCAUGGAGGGCAGCACACCGGUGGCAGAGAACCCUCAUGCAGAAUAUGGGUUGACAGAAAACAUUCAGAGGAUAGUGGAAAACGAGAAGACGCACCACGAGAAGACGGCAAAACAGAAGCUGGACCUGCAGACCCUACAGACGCUCCCGACGCGAGCAUACUUGGAUCAGACGGUGGUGCCAAUUCUCCUGCAGGGUCUGUCUGUGCUGGCUAAGGAAAGACCUCCACAACCUAUCGAGUUUCUCGCCGCAUUCCUUCUGAAGAACAAGUCGCAAUUCGAGGAUCGGAAUUAACAUGGAAUAGGAUUGGAAUUCAUUGCUGAAUAAAACUAGAUGACUGAGUGCUAUUAUUUUUGGUUUGGUUUUGAUUGACGAGUGACCAGUUCCUUCCAGACUGUGUGGUAGUUUUUUUUUCUUUUUCUUUUUUUAAAAAUCUAAAUAAAAGUUUGUCUUUUCUUCAGAAGUA